AAAUAGAAAACACUUAUCUUGGUUCUUGACAAACUCGCUUAAAACAACAAACUAAAGAUGUUACUGUUUUACAUGGUGUUGCAUGAUUAGAAAAUUAAUCGUUUGAAUCUCGCAUAUCUUACCCAGUUGAACCACUCCUUCGCAUCCAUGUGUUCCAAAUUGAUAUAUGACAAUAUCUACUUUCGAUCACGUGUUGCGGGGCGACUUAGACGGAUUGCGCGUCAUCUCGCCUUCCCAAAUUUUCUCCUUCUGCAGCUCGAAUCCAAAACAUCAUAUCUGUAGUACUGACUACAGGAGAAAGAUGUUUAACUCUGUUAAUCUGGGCAACUUCUGCUCCCAGACGCGUAAAGACCGGACAUCCGAGUUUGGGGACAGGACUGGCUGUGCUUCCAAUAUCUACCUCCCCAGCUGCACCUACUACGUUCCAGAAUUUUCUGCCGUCUCUUCGUUCCUUCCACAGGGGCCCUCGCGACAAAUCACAUACCCUUAUUCCACAAAUCUAUCUCAAGUUCAACCAGUGCGAGAUGUUUCCUAUGGUCUGGACCCGUCCAGCAAGUGGCACCACAGAGCCAACUAUGCAUCGUGCUAUUCAGGAGAAGAUCUGGUGCACAGAGACUGUCGUCCACCAUCCACCAUGACAGAAAUCCUCAUGAAAAACGAGAGUGUGUACAGCCACCACCACCACCACCACCAGCAUCAUCCGAACUCUAGCCACCAACCCACCGGUUUCUACACCGGCGUAGGGAAAAACAACGUGCUCCCUCAAGGUUUUGACCGCUUUUUUGAAACCGCUUAUUGUAGCACGGACAAUCAGUCAGAACAUUGUUUACAAAAAAGCGAGAUGAACAAAUUAGAGACUUCGUCCCACCAACCCACAGCUGUUUCCGCAGCGCAGGAGCCGGAAAAUGACCCAGAGGAUGAGGAGGAACAUACAAAUUCGGGCUCGUGCACUUCAGCAGCCACUAAGGACGGGAACGCAAGCAAGAGCCAUUCGAGUACCCCGCGCACAAGAAAGAAGAGAUGUCCAUACUCCAAGUUUCAGAUUCGUGAACUGGAACGAGAAUUUUUCUUUAACGUUUACAUCAACAAGGAGAAAAGGCUGCAGCUGUCCAGAAUGUUAAACCUUACUGACAGACAAGUCAAAAUAUGGUUUCAAAAUCGUAGAAUGAAAGAAAAGAAAUUAAGCAGAGAUCGCCUCCAGUAUUUUUCUGGGAAUCCGUUGUUGUAAUUGUUGAAAUGGCGUUGCCCUUUUAUUUAAUAUCUCUGCAAAAUAAAAUUAUAUGUUUAAAUAUGCCCAUCAGUCUAAUUAAAUAGAAAAUGUAUUUGUUAAGGCCAACAACAGUAGGCCUACUAAAAACUUGUAGACUUGUUUAAAGGGUAACAGGAUUGCAAUGUCUGAGGGUGUGGACAGAGAAUGAAAAUUUGCUUAGUAUCAAAUUAUACCGGCAUUUGUAGUUUGUGAUUCACAAACUAAAACGUAGACAUCACAUUUUUUUUUUUUAAGUGUAUGUGACACGUCUUUUAAGUGAAAUGUUUAAAAACUUUACUUUGAAAAUGAUCACGAAAUAGCCUACUAUAAUAUAUUAUAAAAUCAUACCCUCUAUCAUUUUGUGAUUGUAUAUAUGUACAUUAAAACACACACUCCACUCUGGUUCGAAUCUGGAGAUGUCAUACUUUUUAUGCUUUCACCAUUUAGAACUGUGACUUGUACAAUCUGUAAUAUUGUAUUCCUUGUACAGAGAUUAUGCAUUGUGCAUUCGUGACUGUAAAUAUAAUGUUAUUUUGAGUAUCCUUACCAUAUCCCUGCUGCUAUUUUUCUUUACAUUGCCUUUGCAGCCUUGUGAGCUUUGUUGUUCGAUUCUUUAAAUUAUUUGCUGUAUGUCCAAAGGUUUCAUUUAUUUCGGAAGAACAGUUCAGCGAUCUUAUUUGGCCUGUGUACUACAUAUUAAUCAAAAAUAAACAGAAAUAAAGGUAAGCUGUUAUGUCAGUUGUGACUUGAUUUAAAAAGAAAAAUCAUAAGGUAUACGGUGAAGUAAAAAAAGUGUGAAUGUAUAACAACACGCAGUGAAAUCAAAUAUUUAAAAGAAGAUAUAAUAAACUGACCACUGCCAAGUAAUGAAAACUAUCUCUCUCUCUCUCUCGCUCUCUCUCUUGCUCCAUCUCUCCAUUCGUCGUCUCCCUCUCACACGUUAAAGUCUAACAAUUUUAAGCUAUUGUUGUUUUGCAAUGAAAACUGGCUUAUGUUAAUAUUACGAAGUAAGUUAGCAGAAUUUAAGGAAUGUCAACUAAAACUAUUUAUCAGUAUUUUUGAUAGUUUUAUCAAAAUAAAUAAAUAAAUAGAAUAAUGACCAUGAAAUUUAGAGAGCAUAUCGGUAACGUCUUUUAGUACCCUCUAAAUGGAAUCGCCACUCUUGUAGUCUAGACACUGCAAUAAAGCCAGGACCUUAAAUUGCCUUUUUUCUUACUUAAUUGCACCGUCUGUUCGAGGGAAAUUGUGUUCACUUCCGCAGUAAAUAGUAAACAAGAAAGUCCGGCUACUUGGACAAAAACUGGGACGUUUAAAAAUGAACACUUUUUGCCUAUAGGUGCAAGAAAUCUAUCAGUUGAUAUAGCCGAGUGUAGUCCUUUCUCAUGGAAUCAUCUCUUCAGAAAAAGCGGAGUUGGCGCAUCUUACAUUCCUAGAGAU